AUGGCGUGGCAUCACUUGGACAUCGAUAAGCCUCACCUGGCGUACAUGAUCCUCGGCGGCUUCACGGGGCUGUUCAUGCUUUGCUCGCUCUUCGUCAAGGAGAAACUAUACAUUGGUGAAGCAACUGUGGCCACGCUGUGUGGUAUCAUCUUUGGUCCUCAUGCCGCCAAUCUGUUCAACCCUGCCGAAUGGGGCAACGUCGACAAAAUCACUCUCGAAUGUUCGCGCAUUGUCCUCGUCGUUCAGUGCUUCGCCGUCGGCGUCGAAUUGCCCAAAGCGUACAUGGAACGUCAUUGGAAAUCUGUUAGUCUUUUGCUCGUUCCUGUGAUGACUUGGGGCUGGUUGGUCACUAGUUUGUUCAUUUGGUGGAUGGUACCUCCUCUCAACUGGCUAGAGAGUCUCGUAUGCGCCGCUUGUGUGACAGCUACCGACCCCGUCUUGGCCUCUUCGGUUGUUGGUAAGGGUAAAUUCGCCAAGCGAGUUCCCAAACAUCUGCGAGACCUUCUGUCCGCCGAGUCCGGCUGCAACGACGGCAUGGCCUUUCCGUUUAUCUACCUGGGGUUCUACAUCCUGCGCUAUCGCCCCGAUGCAGGAAAGGUGUCACUCAACUGGUUCUGUGUGACGAUUCUCUAUGAGUGUAUCUUUGGCGCAAUCUAUGGAUUUCUCAUUGGAUAUAUUGCUCGCCAUGCCAUCAAGUUCGCCGAGCGUAAGCAGUUGAUUGAUCGGGAGAGUUUCCUAGUCUUCUAUUUCGUGCUGGCCGUGUUCUGCGCCGGCUCUGGAAGUUUGCUGGGUAUGGAUGACCUUCUGAUAGGCUUUGCUUGCGGCGUCGGUUUCAGCAACGACGGCUGGUUCACUGAGAAGACCGAGGAAUCUCACGUGUCCAACGUCAUUGAUUUGCUUCUCAAUCUGGCAUACUUCGUCUAUUUCGGAUCUAUCAUCCCCUGGGAGGACUACAACAACCCGGAGAUCGGCCUCGUGCCCUGGAGGCUCGUAGUCAUCGCGAUCCUGGUCAUCUUCUUCCGCCGGAUUCCGAUCAUGAUGUUAUUGAAACCAGUCAUCCCGGACGUCAAAACGUGGCGUGAGGCUCUUUUCGCGGGCCAUUUCGGACCCAUCGGUGUCGGUGCCAUCUUCGCCGCAAUUCUAACCAGGGCUGAACUCGAAACCGAUAGCACCCAGCCAUUGUCGGAGAAAGAGCUGCCCCAACCAGGGUCACCCGACUAUUAUAUAGUGCAGCUGAUCUGGCCCAUCACCACCUUUAUGGUUAUCUCCUCCAUUUUGGUCCACGGUUCGUCGAUCGCCGUCUUUACCCUUGGAAAGCGUAUCAAUACCUUGACCGUCACGCUGUCGUACACGACCGCCAACGAAGAGGGACCCUCUUGGAUGAACCGACUACCUCGCGUACAGUCGUUGGCCAAAGGGUCAAUGUCCUUCCGCAAGACCGACGGAGACGACUUGGGUGAUUCGUCCACUGAGCCGGAAUUCCCUCCUGGAACUCUGCCGCCGAUUGGCGUUCCCGGGAACUUUUUGCGACGGGUUCGUGAGGAAGAGUCCGAGACCCCCACCGGCCGACCCUCUAGCCGCAAGACUCGAAGGCGCCGUAGGCGGGAUGAUGGAGCUGGAGGUCCGAUCAGCCAGUCGGCCAUUAUGCCUCAAAGGCCGGCCGAGGCUGGUGAGGAGACUGAAAAGGCUGGUGGGGAGGCUGAAAAGGCUGGUGAGGAGGCUGAGAAAUCAAAGGAGGAAGCCCAGGAGCGAGAGAAGAUUGAACGGGGAGGAUCUCCACCGACCCACGAGCGUGAUCGGUUUGGCCGGGAACCUGUCGUAGAGGUGUACCUGGAAGGCCAUACGAUGAUCAUCGAAGACGAAGAAGGCAAUGUCUUGAAGACAGAAGAUAUUAGUCAUAAAUCGCCCGAGGAACGGCAACAGCACGUUGAAGAACAAAAGCGGCAGCUGCAGAAGGAUAAGUCGGGCGAAUUGUCCAAAUCCCGAAGCCAGCCACAUGAGAAGACUGAAGGGGAACAAAUCCAACAUGCAGUGGGAGAUGCGGCCGGACCCUCGCUAGGAAAGGCUCGCAAACAGUUCGGCAAAUGGGUCGGCUGGGGCAAAGGUCGUGGCGAACAAGCGGAAAGCAAGGAGGCGAAGAAAGCUGCGGAGAAGAAAUCAACCGAAUCCGGCAAGCCGGCCAAGCCCAAAGCUCGUUCGGCUCACGCGUAUCAAUUCGGCAAUACCAUCAUCGUCGAGGAUGAGGAUGGCGAAGUCAUCAAAAAGUACUCCAUUCCCGCCGCUGGCAAGGUUGAAGGCGGAGCCCCUGGCCGCCGCGGCCUAGGACGAAUGGGAACCUGGUUUGGUAAAGACGGCGAGGCGGAAACCUCGCAAGCUGCACAGAACAAGAAGACAAGCAAGGACGAGUGGCUAGCGGACGAUGGCCUGCGGUUCACCCUGGCCAACGACGACGAAGUCAGCAAGCGAGGUGUCGGUCACAAGGGCCGUCGCAUGACGAAACAUGAGUUUGCCGAGCAGAUCAAGAACCUGGACCCUAAGGCUCGUCGCCAGUUGGUCGAGGAGACUGACGUUCCUGAGCGUGUGAAGAAUGUGGCUCGGGACGAGGCCGAACAGCGAGAAUCUUCCCGAGCACAACCUGUUGAAAUGCCGGUAUCACCUGGCACACAGGUUGAAACCCGCGGCAUCGACCAGUUCGACUCUGACAGCGAGACCACCGGCGAUGAAUCGGUACAGGACAUUCCCGGGCCCGACGUGGCUGCUUCGGUCGCUCGGGUCACUCGAGGCUCGGCUGCACAGGAGCGACGCAAUCAACUGGAGCCGUCGGACUCGCCUUCCAGGCCUCGUCCGCGGUCGAGAAGAGACUCCGAAGACGAUGGUACCGAGCGGAUCCCGCCAGCUCGCCUCCGAGAAGCAGCCGGUCUUGCGCCUCGCCCCCAAGAAGCCGACUUCGACGACACAGGUGAAACACCUGCAGAGCGUCGUCGUCGUCUGGCGGCCCUGGGAGAAUUGCACAACGACUCGGACUCUGAUGACCCGGAGGCCGCAGUCGAAGACACGGACAGCGAUGACAAUAAUGAAUUCCGCCAAGUGCGAGGAAGAGUUCAGUUUGCGGAUGGCUCUCGGGCAUCUCCGCGAAGAGACGAUGCUGGAAUUGUAAGCGGACUUCCGUCGGCGUCACCGGACCAAUCUCAAUCCCCGGGUCGUAGGGGACACCGUACACGCAUUUCAUGGGGUGGAGAGAAAGGUCGCGAGAGUUGA